GAAGACACCGCUUGGCCUCCAUUUCCGUCCCUCUCAGCGCCUCACCUUGGCUUUCUUCAGCAGGACAAUAAUGGCGUCCUCCCCGCCGUCCUGCUCGUCGUCCCUGGGAGACAAGGAGAAAGCUGCGGGCCGGAGGUGACCGCCGCCCGGCCCGGCCCGCCCGCAUCCCGCCUGGCCUCACCUCCGAGGAAUCCCAGCGUGAGCCCGGCGCCCUGUUGAACCCACCGCCGCCCGGCAGACCCCGUCCCGCUGCCGCCCCGCUGCCGUCGGGUCUCUCCGUGCCAGGCGGGCCGGGGUCGCGCGAUCCCCGCGGGGCAGCGCCGGGUUAAACGGGACAGCGCCCGCGGCACAGCGGCGGCCAGCAUCGUUAAUGGGAGCGGGCCCUUUAAGAGCGCGCGCUCAUCACGUGACUAGGGGUGCUGCGUAGCCGGAGCGGGGCGCUCUUGUUCCUAUGGCAACGAGGCCGCAGUCCCGAGGGCAGUGCCUGUGACAUGGACAGCACCUUGCCAGCGGUGGCACAAGAGCUUCUGAAAGAGAUCAGGAAGGCUUUUCAGGAGACCUCCCACGUCCCUGAUGAUCUGCUGCUGGGGUUGAAGUUUUUAUUUGGCCCAUCUGCUGUCCCGGCUUUGGAUUUGGUGGAUCAACGUUCCGUCACCCGAGUCGUGUCCCCGAGUGGAAGGACUGCGUAUCAGGUCCUCGGGAGCUCAGGCAAACUCUACACCUGCUACAGUUCCUGCCACUUCUGCACGUGUCCCGCUUUUGGUUUCACUGUACUGCAGAAGAGUGAGAGCUUUCUGUGCAAACAUAUACUGGCCGUCUACCUCAGCCGGGCCCUGGGAGCCUGCCAGGAGCUGACUGUCUCUGAGGAGCAGCUCACAAGCAUCUUACUGGCUGAGGAAGAGGAUGAAGGAUGAAGGAUUUGGAUCACAUGCAGGUGUGAUUUCUGUGUACCUCCUGGCUGCAUAGCCAGCUUCUUUCCUUGUCUACAAGGCUGUCAGAUGUCCAUCGCGGAUGCUAGGUUUAUUCCUGUGCUGUAACCAAAUGUGACUUAAUUAGCAGUUUUGCACUGAUGUAUAAUAAAUGGUAAGAAGCCAGUGCUGGCUUCAGUUUCA